AUGUCUCUUAUUGUCACUGAGGAAACUUUUAGAAAAAUAAUCAGCAAACAGGCCAAUUCCAAUGAAAAUGAGCCUGCUGUAAUCGACAAAGAAGAUGUAUUAUCCUCGCAAGUCAAAACUACAAAGAUGACUAAACAGGCUAAAGAUAUUGUUAUUCAUAAAAGUGUUCACGUAGAUAAUAACAAAGAUAAUGAAGAUAACGAGGAAAUGAAUGAAUCAAUAACUGAAAACAAUGAAAAUUCAGAAGAAUGGCCAGAAUGUGAUAAUUGCUAUGGACAAAAUAAAGAGUUUUGUGCAAAUGGAAAGAUAAUAGAGAUAUUCUUCCCUCAUGUAGUGGUAAAUGCGUGCGAAGCUAGAAGUUUAAAUAAUAAACACAAAAGGCGAACAGUUGGAAAUUUAAAUAAUGAACACAAGAAACGAGCAAUUAGAAAUUUAGAUAAUAAACACAAGAUUCAAAUUGAGGAUUUAAUUCAAGAU